CCCACUAUUGGUCCACCUUCUUAUGUUACGCCUGUGGAUAAUAAUAUCCCGCCAUCUAUCGACUUGGUGCUUAACUUGUUAGGAUCGAUAUAGAUUUCUUUCCGGAUGUUUCUAUAAAAACUUGACAGAUUCGAAUUUUGACAGAAAACAGAUGAUUGCGGUCGUGGCACAGGUCGUGGCGUCUACCGAUUUCACUGACAGUUCGUGUUUAUAUAAAAAGCAAUACAUUGCAUUUUCCAGUUAGUUUAAUACACGUGUAAUAGUUGAGUGAACACAGCGUCCUUUAUUUUCUUGAAUACUAAACUGACACGAUGUGUGGGAUUUUCGCGUAUUUGAACAAUCUCACUCCGAAGAAACGGGCUGAAAUAUUGGAGUUACUUGUCAACGGCCUAAAAAGAUUGGAAUACCGUGGAUAUGACUCGGCCGGUGUUGCCGUCGACGCAGCGAACUCCAAGGACAUUGCCAUUAUUAAAAAAACGGGAAAAGUUGCUCUACUCGAGGAAGCGAUUAAGAACAAGAGCAAUGAAUUGGACAUGGACGAUAUAGUAGACGUGCACUGUGGAAUUGCUCACACGCGUUGGGCGACUCACGGUGUACCCAGUGAAGUCAACUGUCACCCGCACAGAUCAGACGAAGGCAACGGUUUCGUAGUGGUCCAUAACGGGAUCAUCACGAACUACAAGGAGGUCAAGGUGUUCCUAGAAAAGAAAGGCUUCUGCUUCGAAAGUGAAACAGACACCGAAGUGAUAGCUAAACUAAUCUCUCAUUUUUAUCAACAGCAUCCGAAUUUUUCGUUCAGAGAACUAGUGGAAUCUGUCGUUCAACAGUUGGAAGGUGCUUUUGCCCUAUGUUUCAAAUCAAAAUAUUUUCCUGGGGAAUGCGUUGCAACAAGGCGUGGUUCGCCGCUUUUGGUGGGCAUCAAGACUGUCACUAGGCUAGCGACAGACCACGUACCGAUCUUAUAUGGAAAAGAAGACCACCGUAAAUCUUCGAUAGACAAAGAUGCUGAUACCAACUCAGACUUCAGACCGCACGGAAGGGCAGACUACCCGACGUUGCCGAGGACGGGGUCUACGUCGGAAUUUGAGCCGUUGGAGGACAAACAGGUGGAAUAUUUCUUCGCAUCUGAUGCUUCAGCUAUUAUCGAACACACUAACCGUGUCAUAUACUUUGAGGAUGACGACGUGGCUGCCGUUAAAAAUGGCCGACUUAGCAUCCACAGGCUACGACGAGGCGGCGAUGAUCCGCACAAGAGAGAAAUUCACACGCUAAAAAUGGAAUUGCAACAGAUCAUGAAAGGCAGCUACGAUUACUUCAUGCAGAAGGAGAUUUUCGAACAGCCCGAUUCUGUCGUCAACACGAUGAGGGGACGCGUCAAUUUCGAAACCAAAUCUGUGACAUUGGGCGGCAUAAAAGACUACAUUCCGGAGAUAAAACGAUGCAGAAGACUUAUGCUUAUCGGUUGCGGAACCAGUUACCAUAGCGCGAUUGCUACCAGGCAGUUGCUAGAAGAACUGACCGAGCUGCCUGUCAUGGUCGAAUUGGCUAGCGAUUUCUUAGAUCGCACAACUCCGGUGUUCAGAGAUGACGUGUGCUUCUUCAUUUCUCAAUCAGGUGAAACGGCCGAUACUUUGAUGGCACUCCGUUAUUGCAAACAGCGCGGGGCUCUGAUUGUGGGCAUCACGAAUACUGUAGGUAGUUCCAUCUGUCGGGAAUCGCAUUGCGGCGUCCACAUCAACGCGGGCCCGGAAAUAGGCGUGGCCUCGACGAAAGCGUACACCAGCCAGUUUAUUUCGCUGGUCAUGUUCGCGUUGGUCAUGAGCGAGGACAGGCUGUCGAUGAAACAGAGAAGAGAGGAGAUCAUUGAAGGCUUGAAAAAUUUGCAAAGCCAGAUUCGCGAGGUUUUAAAAUUGGACAACGAAGUGAGAACGUUAGCCGAGGAUCUAUACAAGAAAAAAUCGUUGCUGAUUAUGGGCAGGGGUUUCAACUUUGCCACCUGUCUCGAAGGAGCCUUGAAAGUAAAAGAAUUGACAUAUAUGCACAGCGAAGGAAUAAUGGCCGGCGAACUGAAACAUGGACCGUUAGCUCUGAUUGACGAGUCUAUGCCUGUUAUGAUGAUUAUCAUGAAAGAUCCCGUGUAUACCAAAUGCAUGAAUGCUCUACAGCAGGUGACGGCGCGAGAUGGCAAACCGAUCAUAAUCUGCCAGGAGGGCGACCAAGAAACGAUGGCGUUCGGCCACAAAUCGCUGCAGGUCCCUAAGACGGUCGACUGCCUCCAAGGCGUUCUGACUGUGAUUCCGAUGCAACUGCUAUCAUUCCACAUCGCCGUGUUGAAAGGUUGUAACGUUGACUGUCCUAGGAAUCUGGCCAAAAGUGUCACGGUCGAAUGAAGGGACAUCACCGACCAUUGUGAGACGAGCGUUAGUACUCAGAAUGUAUUAAAAAUGCAUUUUUUUAAUUUUAGGGAUCUAAAUAAGUGAAAUAAUUUUUAAUUACAUAUUUGUAUCGAUAUUACUUUACCCGUGAUUUGGUUUUUACUAUUUGCUACAUUGCUUGUCCUAGGAGUGAAAUGCAAUGUAUAUAUGACUCUUUUUAUACUCUUAGAUAGAAAUAUUGUACCUAUAGCGAGAUAUAUUUUAUAUUUUGCUUUACUGUACUUGGAUUGAUUUGUAUAUACAUUGGAAAAAAACUAAAGAUUAUUUUGAUGUUUUAUGUGAAAAUGUUUAUCAUUCGUUAAAAUUGUCUAUUUUUAGACGCUCUUUUACUUGUUUGUAAAUUUUUUAAUGUACUUAAUUUAUAUAUAAAAUAAAUGUAAUUUUUCUUUA